CGUGUUUUCUCCAGUUUUCUCAUUUCUGACACUCGUCGCCUUAGUUUAUUUCAAGGUUUUCGCUUGUAAACGUUUUAUAUCAAUCGCGUUAAUUACUCGCAACGAUGAUUUAAUGGCUUGCACUUCGUACGCGCGUUGGGUUCUUUUAGUGGUGCAAGAUAUGCACGAUUCGCGGUUCAUGCGUUUCGCUUCCCGUGGUGUACGUGCACCAUCAUAACCUGCUGAUGGUUUCGAGCCAGUUUAAUAAGAUUUAAUCAUGGCAGACGUGCUGGUGACCGAUUGGAUUGAAGAAUACGAGGCGCUCACUGAGAGUGAAAUUAUCACCUAUGCUGGUGAGCUUGAGCAUAAAGAUGAAGUGAUUGAGUCCCUGCAUGCUGUAUUCACUGAUCCAUGUUACCAUAGGGAGGACACAAGUAUCAUUGACAAAGUAUGUCAACAAUUACUAGCAUUCUAUAGAUCAGGAGACAACAGUCUGAGCAAGUUUGCUAUACAAUUUGUGCCUGACUUGGCAUACUUGCAUCUGAGUGAUAGAAAAAGUUAUCCAGCUGUUGAAACACUAAUCAUCAGCUUGUACAAUUUGGAGGUGAUAGAUUCAAAUCUGCAGCCAAAGGUGAAGUCGUUCCGGGUGCCGAGUAUUGCUCAAUCUUCACUGUAUCACGACUCAUCAAACUUGGAGCCGGCGUUUAUUGCCGAGAAUUCGCUGAGACGGUGGGAGGAAUGCAAUACGAAGCUUGUCAAUUGGGGGCCGUUGCCACAGAUCGAUGCGUUGAACGCGCAGAAUCGACAGCGAGUUAUUACCGCUUUGAUAUUCAUAUUUAAUCAGCAGGUCGCCAAUGUUAGCUGCAAUGGGUUAGAACAUACAUGUCGGAUAAUUUCCAGGCUUAUAACACAAGGCUUUCAAUCAGGCGGCAAUCGCACUUCUGCAGACAGCGACAACCUGCAACAUAGUACUGCGCCAAGAAUUCCAGUGUCCAGCCAAUUAAUGCUGGAGUUUGCGCAUACAGUAUACCAUGCACUCGAGCGCGGUGCAAACGGCGCCGCCCAAACAUUGCACGACAUCAUUCAGCGUGCCUCUUAUGAAACAUUCACUGAUGUUCUGUUGGUGACGUACUCUGUUAGUAAUCUUCUACAGCGUGCUCCAACACCGAACAUGCCUCUGAAGGUUAUGAACAAGCAGAUCAACAAGUCGAUGAUUACGAAUGCUUCGUUCCGAACGAAGAAACUGCCAGAUGACAUUCCGAUUCAAGAGGACGAAGGCGGCGCAGGUGAUGCAAGCCUCGAUUCGAUUGUAGAGGAAGGCGGCGCUGAAGCGUCGGAUAAGAAAGGUUUUCGCGGACGGUCGGGCAGCGCACUCAAGCACUUGCCAAAAUUGCACGGUCUGGGCAAGAAACCGAAGUUGAAAAAUUCGCCGACACCGCCGCGGCACUCCUUGGAAGAUACGCCGUCGAUUGAAAUUCGUAUGAAUACGCAGGUGUCGGCCACGGCUGCUGGUGAUCAGGUCUCCCUAGUCGCGAGUAAUAGCAACGGUAGCAUGCAGAAUGAGCUCACGCAUAACACAGUUCAUGUAAGUACGGUAUAAUGCAACGCCGUAAAGUCAAACUCUCAACGUCUCCACAGUGAAAACAGUAAAUAAAUGGAUGGAACAAAGAUCAGGUUUAUUUGUUUGUAUCAAACUGGAUCACGAAAAGUUUAGAUACUUGCGAUAUUUGGGUUGCAUCAAGAUACACAAAAAACAAAAGUCUAAAAAUUAUUAAUAAUUCUAACCAAAAUUAAAAAUACUAUCAUCUUCUAAUAAAAUAAUGAUCCUAUUUUUAUUUAUGAGAGUUUGAACUUGUAUUUCGACACUAUAGUUGGCAUGAUAUUGACAGUUACCAGAAAAAGUUUACAGAAGAGGGUAAAGAGUUGUUGACGUACUUCAUUUCGGUGGUUAGUUGGUAGACUCGUAUUUAUACAUUCCAUACGUAGAAUUAGUACGUUUUUAUAUGUUUUAAUUAUGAAUCCUUUUACCACGAUGGAUUCAAGAAAAAAAUCAUGACAAAUAUACUAAGAACUUUGGAGUGUGAAUACAUAUGUAAACAUUUCAAUUGUACUAUAUAAGUCUACAUAAUUAUAUAUAAUCACGUUGGUUACUGGUUAAGGCAGAAAAACAAACAUAAAUCCAGGACUAUUCUGUUUUCUGCAAUCUUGUAUGAUGAUGAUGCACAACAAUGACAAGAAACAAGUUGUGCAUCGUUUGAGUUUAUAAAAUGUAUAUAAAUAUGUUCACGUUUUGUGUACAUAUUGUUAUUAACUAUAUGUGUAUAUAAUAUUUAUUCGUGUGUAUACAGAUUACAAAAUGAUAUUAGGAAUGAAGAGAAAUGAAACUAAUUAUCUCGAUAUGAAAA